GAUUGCAUGAACUGAACUUGGACUGAUCUGACAGUUUUUAAGCAUUGUAUUCCAAGUAGAGGCACAGAAGGGGGCUUGGUAGAGAUUCAAAUUUUUAAAAUGGCUGUAAAAGCAUUCCUAGAGGAAAUGCAGGGAACAAUAGAGAAAGCUAGAAAUGCAAAACCAGAAGACUUGGUGUCAGUAUACAAGGGGAUAAAGUAUCCUUCUUUCCUCUGUAUGCGAGAAACUUUUGAAGCACUACCCAGUUUUGAAGCCAGACAAGACGACAUAAUGCUUGUGGCCUAUCCUAAAUGUGGUUUUAACUGGAUGAUUAGUGUACUGCAAAAAAUAAUUUCCAUUGAUGCAGAAGCUAUUAAACCUGAUGAAGAUAUUCCACGAAUUGGACUAAUUGAAUUCAUAAAGCCAGAGAAACUCCAGAUGUUGGAUGAGAUACGUUCUACAAGACUUUUGGGCACUCACUUUCACCCAAAUUAUAUUCCAAAGUCUUUUUUCGACAAAAAAACUAAGAUGCUGGUUGUGUUCCGAAAUCCCAAAGACACUGCUGUCUCUUAUUAUCAUUUUUGCCAGAAUAACCCAGUCCUGCUGACCUAUGAAUCCUGGGAUGCUUUUUUCUCAGAAUUUAUUAAAGGAGAUGUUCCCUGGGGCUGUUAUUUUGAUCAUGCAGUUGAGUGGAACAAAAGAAUGGAUGACGAAAAUGUGCUGAUUGUGACAUAUGAAGACCUGAAAGAGAACUUGCAAAACGGAAUCGAAAAAAUAAGCAAAUUCUUCAAUUAUACCUUGACUGAAGAACAGAUCCAAUCUAUCACUGAAGCCAGUACAUUUAAGACUAUGAAGGAGGACUCGAUUAACACUCAUGGACCAUUUGGCCAAGUUAUAUUUAGGAAAGGAGAUAUAGGAGACUGGAAAAACCUUUUUACUGAAGAGCAAAGCAAAGAAGUAGAUGCUAAGUUUGAACAAUACCUCGCAGGAACCAAACUUGGAGCCAUGCUGAAAUAUAAUUUGUACUGCAAAUGAAGUCCAGGGAACCAAACAGAGCAGCAGAACACCCAAGUUGUUGCAAAGUGCCACACACAUUUGAACUAUGACUAAAAAAUGGUACUGGAUCAUAAAGUUUACAGAUUUUAGUGAUUUUCACUUUGCACAGAUUUUCCCCUUGCAGAUCAAUAAGGUUAUAUCUAUCUAUCUAUCUAUCUAUCUAUCUAUCUAUCUAUCUAUCUAUCUAUCUAUCUAUCUAUCUAUCCAUCUUCAUGAACAAAUUACACAGUAUCAUGCUCUGGCUACUUGCCCAGUAUGGCUGCUAUGUUAAAGCCGUCUGUUUUAAAAUCAAUUGUGUUGGCAUAGGACAGUGAUUUCAUUUGCCAGUUAUAUGGCAUUCUUGAUUCUUUACCUCUUUAGCUCUAAGACCUGUCUCUUUGGAAAACGAUUUAGGUAAGCAUUUACUAAUGCUUAAUAAGCAAAUCAUAAUUUCAUCCAGUUUUAUCUGACACUGAAUGGCAUCUAAUAUUAUUUAAAAUCAUGGAGGCCAGAGGAAACUUUUAGUGCUAGAUGCUUAUCCAAAGUGGCAGUUUAUUCAUUCUGGCAGAAGAACACACUAAGUAGGUGCGGAAAGAAACAAUUCUUUAUACAGAAACAGAAAUAACUUAAUGUAUCCCUUCAGAGAGGAAUGUUGUGGGCAUAACUUUGUAAAAGAAAAUUCCCAUAUUUUUGCUGGAUACGGAACAAAUAUAUUUAUUUAUAAAACAGGAAGUAAUAAAUAAAUUCAUAAAUGACACCUUGAUCUCUCUUUGACCUAUUUUGGAAAAACAGCCUUUAUCAUGGUCUUAAUAAAUUAUUUUGUAAAGAACUUUGUCCAAGAACCAGGGGAAGGAAUAUUUAAGGAAAAAAAACUGUUUAAAAGAGCCUUUAACAAUACAAAUUGCUUUUAAAAUUAUUAAUUCUUUUCUGAAAAAUACUAUGCAUAAAGAAACAUCCACAUUUUUAUACUGCAUUUAAAUAUAUUUAUUUCUAACAAAUUAUGAUGUAUUUUAUCAAAAGAGGAAUCACUUUGAUGAAUUAAACUCUCUACAAUUCAUCUCUUUGGUGCUAAAUCUGUUAUGAUAAAUCUUAAUUUGGUGGGUAUAUUUUUGUGCAAAAAAAUACAUACAGUAUAUAUUUUUUUAGGAACAAACUAGGAAAUGUACAACUAUUAGUAUAUAUUUGUUUUUUAAAUAAAAAAUGUAUUUGUAAUGAAGUGAACUGGUCUCCAUUGGCCAUGACUUGGAUUAAGCAGUUUUAAGAAUGUUAUAUUAUGCUACAUUAUCUAUAGAAGCAAUGUUAAGUAAUUUUGAAAUGCUGCCAACGACAUUUGUUGAUAAAAAGUGUCUGUAUUGUCUUUAUAAUGUUUGUAAAUGCUUAUUUGUUUUUUUCAACGCUAAUGCCCUUCUGAAUACAGGUCCAAUUAAAUUAAGGUCAAGUUUUUAUUGUCCAAAAAAUAUAAACUUUGCUUUAUUAAAAGGAUUAUUUUUGACAGUUCAAUACAUCACAGACAAAUAAACCUCUACAAUAAAAAAUUUAUGCAGUAUUAUUAUAUAUUUACUACAUCUAAAAAUUAAACCAACAUUUGGCCUACAGCUGUGCCUUCAGUUGUUUAUUUAGUUGCCACUGCCUUAUUAUAAAGAUGUCUGAUGAGCAGAACCC